CCGCUUCCGGUCUGCUAAAACGCGGGUUAGGUAAGCGGCGUGGUCUGUGUCAUGUGGCGGUAGGCUUCUGCGCUCAAGACAGCAAGUGAGAAAGCCACUACCAGCAUCCAGGCUCAGAAAUCUGGAUUCUAGUGGAAAGACCGGUUUAAAAAAAGAGCCAGGAACCUGAAUACAUCCGUCCGCUGUUUCCGAGGGGGCAAUUCCGCGGGGAACCCCUCUGCCCUGGUAACGGCUAAAGAGGAGAUGGCGCCAGCCAGGGAGCGGCUGUGGCCAAGACAGUGAGGAAGCGCGAAGGCGGAGCGACCAGGAAGCCUGAGAAGAAGAAUCAGAGCUGUCGCUGUCACCACUGCCGCAACCACCAUGGAAGGAGCAAAGCCGACAUUGCAGCUCGUGUAUCAGGCAGUCCAGGCGCUUUACCAUGACCCAGAUCCCAGCGGAAAGGAGCGCGCCUCGUUUUGGCUUGGGGAACUGCAGCGUUCGGUUCAUGCCUGGGAAAUUUCUGACCAAUUGUUACAGAUCCGGCAGGAUGUGGAAUCAUGCUAUUUUGCCGCACAAACCAUGAAGAUGAAGAUUCAGACCUCAUUUUAUGAGCUCCCUACGGAUUCUCAUGCCUCUUUAAGGGACUCAUUGCUAACCCACAUACAGAACUUGAAAGAUUUGUCACCUGUCAUUGUAACACAGCUGGCUUUAGCAAUAGCAGACCUUGCCCUACAAAUGCCUUCCUGGAAGGGAUGUGUACAGACAUUGGUGGAAAAAUAUAGCAAUGAUGUAAGUUCUUUGCCUUUUUUGCUGGAGAUCCUUACAGUGUUACCUGAAGAAGUACACAGUCGUUCAUUAAGAAUUGGAGCUAACCGGCGCACAGAAAUUAUAGAAGAUUUGGCCUUUUACUCUAGUACAGUAGUGUCUCUAUUGAUGACCUGUGUAGAAAAGGCGGGAACUGAUGAGAAAAUGCUUAUGAAGGUCUUUCGCUGUUUGGGAAGUUGGUUUAACUUGGGUGUUUUGGACAGUAACUUCAUGGCUAAUAAUAAGUUACUAGCACUCCUUUUUGAGAUUUUGCAACAGGAUAAAACCUCAUCCAACCUACAUGAAGCUGCUUCAGACUGUGUGUGCUCAGCUCUGUAUGCCAUAGAGAAUGUGGAGACUAAUUUGCCGUUAGCCAUGCAACUCUUUCAGGGAGUCCUGACGUUGGAGACUGCCUAUCACAUGGCUGUGGCUCGUGAAGAUUUAGACAAAGUUCUGAAUUACUGCCGUAUUUUCACUGAACUAUGUGAAACUUUUCUUGAAAAAAUUGUUUGUAGUCCAGGCCAAGGUCUUGGAGAUCUGCGAACUCUGGAAUUGCUUCUGAUCUGUGCAGGGCAUCCUCAAUACGAGGUAGUAGAAAUUUCCUUUAAUUUUUGGUACCGACUAGGAGAGCAUUUGUACAAAACUAAUGAUGAGGUCAUACAUGGAAUCUUCAAGGCUUAUAUUCAGAGGCUGCUUCAUGCCUUGGCUCGACACUGCCAGCUGGAACCAGACCAUGAGGGGGUUCCUGAGGAAACUGAUGACUUUGGAGAGUUUCGGAUGAGGGUAUCAGACCUGGUGAAGGACUUGAUUUUCUUGAUUGGGUCAAUGGAAUGUUUUGCUCAGUUAUAUUCUACUCUGAAAGAAGGCAAUCCACCCUGGGAGGUGACAGAAGCGGUUCUCUUUAUCAUGGCUGCUAUAGCAAAGAGUGUUGAUCCGGAGAACAACCUAACACUUGUGGAAGUCCUAGAAGGAGUUGUCCGUCUCCCCGAGACUGUGCAUACAGCUGUGCGGUAUACUAGCAUUGAGUUGGUUGGAGAAAUGAGUGAAGUGGUUGAUCGAAAUCCUCAGUUCCUUGACCCUGUGUUGGGCUAUUUGAUGAAAGGCCUGUGUGAAAAGCCCCUGGCUUCUGCGGCAGCUAAAGCCAUUCAUAACAUUUGCUCCGUCUGCCGAGAUCACAUGGCUCAGCACUUUAAUGGCCUCCUGGAGAUUGCCCGAUCCCUUGACUCCUUCAUGUUAUCUCCAGAAGCUGCUGUGGGCUUGCUAAAAGGGACAGCACUUGUCUUAGCCAGAUUACCUUUGGAUAAGAUUACUGAAUGUCUUAGUGAACUAUGUUCUGUUCAGGUUAUGGCAUUGAAAAAGCUGUUGUCUCAGGAGCCCAGCAAUGGCAUAUCCUCAGAUCCUACUGUGUUCUUAGAUCGCCUAGCAGUAAUAUUUAGACACACCAAUCCCAUUGUGGAAAAUGGACAGACUCAUCCAUGCCAAAAAGUCAUACAGGAAAUAUGGCCAGUUUUAUCUGAGACUCUAAAUAAGCACCGUGCUGAUAAUCGGAUUGUAGAACGUUGUUGCAGAUGCCUGCGUUUCGCUGUUCGCUGUGUAGGCAAAGGAUCUGCAGCCCUGCUGCAGCCACUAGUCACACAGAUGGUAAAUGUGUACCAUGUACAUCAGCAUUCCUGUUUCCUGUACCUUGGUAGCAUCCUUGUGGAUGAAUAUGGCAUGGAAGAAGGCUGUCGACAAGGACUACUAGACAUGCUCCAGGCACUGUGCAUCCCCACCUUUCAACUCCUGGAGCAGCAGAAUGGCCUCCAGAAUCACCCCGACACUGUAGAUGACCUGUUCAGGUUAGCCACCCGGUUUAUUCAGCGUAGCCCUGUCACCUUACUGAGGAGCCAAGUAGUCAUCCCAAUCUUACAGUGGGCCAUUGCCUCUACUACCCUGGACCACCGGGAUGCCAAUGGUAGUGUCAUGAGGUUCCUUCGAGACCUCAUCCAUACAGGAGUAGCCAAUGAUCAUGAAGACGACUUUGAAUUACGGAAAGAACUGAUUGGGCAGGUGAUGAACCAGCUUGGACAGCAGCUUGUAAGCCAGCUGCUCCAUACAUGCUGCUUUUGUCUCCCCCCUUACACCUUACCAGAUGUGGCUGAAGUGCUUUGGGAGAUCAUGCAGGUCGAUAGACCGACCUUUUGUCGAUGGUUAGAGAAUUCCCUGAAAGGUUUGCCAAAGGAGACAACCGUGGGAGCUGUCACAGUGACACACAAACAACUUACAGACUUUCACAAACAAGUCACUAGAACCAGGGAUUGG